GUAAAAAUGUUAAGCCGUCUGACAUCACGCAACGUACUUCUUGCUCGCAAUGUGGCUACUGCAGCAACUCAGGAACGGCAGAAAAUUAAAGUGGAUAACCCAGUUGUCGAUUUGGAUGGAGAUGAGAUGACGAGAAUCAUCUGGAAAGAAAUUAAGAAUAAGUUAAUUCUUCCAUACCUGGAUCUCGACAUCAAAUAUUAUGACCUUGGUCUUGAAUACAGAGACGAGACAAAUGAUCAGGUCACCAUUGACGCAGCCCAUGCAAUUCUUGAGCACAGUGUUGGAAUCAAAUGCGCCACAAUCACUCCGGACGAGGCUCGCAUCAAAGAGUUUAAUCUUAAGAAGAUGUGGCUCUCACCAAACGGAACAAUCAGAAAUAUUCUAGGAGGAACUGUAUUUCGUGAGCCAAUUCUUUGCAAGAACAUUCCACGACUAGUGCCUGGAUGGACUCAGCCGAUCACAAUUGGCCGCCACGCUUUUGGAGAUCAGUAUAAAUGCACAGAUUUAGUUAUUCCAAGUGGAUCGACCCUUCAGCUUUUAGUUAACAAGCCAGACGGAUCCAAAGAUGUGCAUAACGUGUAUGACUUCAAAAAGUCGGGAGGUGUUGGAUUGGCUAUGUAUAAUACUGAUGAGAGCAUUAAAGGAUUUGCUCAUUCUUGUUUCCAAUACGCAUUGAUGAAGCAAUGGCCACUGUAUCUUUCCACAAAGAACACGAUUCUGAAGAAAUAUGAUGGACGAUUCAAGGAUAUUUUCCAAGAUAUAUAUGAAAAGAAAUAUGAAGCGGAUUUCAAGAACAAUAAAAUUUGGUACGAGCAUCGAUUAAUUGAUGAUCAAGUUGCACAGGCAUUGAAGAGCUCUGGAGGAUUUGUGUGGGCUUGCAAGAACUACGACGGAGAUGUGCAAAGUGACAUUGUUGCUCAAGGAUACGGAUCGCUCGGUCUCAUGUCUUCAGUUUUGAUGUGUCCCGACGGAAAGACAAUUGAAGCAGAAGCUGCGCAUGGAACAGUCACUCGACAUUAUCGUGAACAUCAGAAGGGUAACUCGACGUCUACAAACCCAAUUGCGUCUAUCUUUGCUUGGACAAGAGGUCUUCAUCACAGAGGCGUACUUGACAAUAAUGAAGCAUUGAAGACGUUCUCCCUUACUUUGGAAAAGGCAUGCAUUGACACUGUCGAGGAGGGAAAAAUGACGAAAGAUCUUUCAAUUUGCAUUCAUGGAACCAAGAAGGGAACCGAGAAAGGAGCUUAUCUUAUUACUGAAGAUUUUCUGUCCGCUAUUGACACCAAGAUGGCAGAGCUCAUGCGCCAGGAUUAAAAAACACUCCAUUUCGUAAAUUAUUUCUAGUGUAUUUAGUGUUCUGAUGACAUUUGUACUCCAUCUUCUUAUUGCCAUAUUUUUAUUUUUCAAGAAAAAAUGUAAAUGAAACAAUUUUUAU